AUGGUCGAAAACGGCUACGCUCUGCUUAUUGUGGAUAGCGCCACUCGCCUUUUUAGAACUGAUUAUCCUGCCAGACAAGAGCUGGUUGCGCGACAAAUGGCUCUUGCUAAAAUGAUGCGAUUGCUCGUCAAGCUCGCAGGAGAAUUCGGUGUGGCGAUUUUGAUAACCAAUCAGGUCACGGCUGAUGUGGAUCAAAUCUUUACGAUACAGCCGGAAGGAAAUAGGCCAAUAGGCGGCAAUAUAGUUGCUCAUAUGAGCACUACACGAUUGGAAUUUCGUAAAAGCCACGGUCAAAAAAGGAUUUGUAAGGUAGUCAAGAGCCCGAACUUGCCCGAAGCGGAAUCUUCGUUCGCCAUAACUUUUCAAGGAAUCGAUGAUAUCCAUGAAUAA